AUGGCGCAUGAGCACGAGGAUCUCGUUGUCGGUCAAAAUGACCUGGUUGCCGACGGAGAGGGCGAUAGAGCCUCGACUGAAUCGAAGGACGACGCAGCUUUGCUGCGAACCAUGGGCUACAAGCCGAGAUCCCACGCACAGGUAUUGCAUCGCACAUAUACAUUCUUUGAGAAUUUUGCCACAACCUUCGCCGCCCUCUAUUUCGUUGGAGGAGUGCGUGUUACGUACAGCACUGGCAUUGCUGCCGGUGGAAACUUGGCCUAUUGGACCAGCUAUUUAGUUACCAUGGUGUUUACGUUCAUCACGGCCGCCGUCAUCGCCGAAGUAUGCUCUGCAUCACCUUCGGCUGGUUCGAUCUAUCUUUGGGCUGCCGAAGCCGGUGGUCCGCGCUUUGGUCGGCUGCUUGGCUUCGUCGUGGCUUGGUGGAGUACCACUGCUUGGACGACCUUCUGCGCAAGUAACACUCAAUCUGCCGUCAACUACAUGCUUGCUGAGCUCACCGUCUUUGACGUUGAUUUCCCAAAAGACACCGAUAGCGUCAAAUUCCGUGCGGUCCAGUGGAUCUGCACAGAGGUUAUGCUCGCACUGGCUGCUUUGCUGAACUUUAUGCCUCCUCGUUACUUCAAAAUGGUUUUCUGGGUCUCAGCCGGCUUCGUCAUGCUUGACUUCUUUCUCAACCUUAUCUGGCUCCCGAUUGGUACUGCUAACACCUGGGGUUUCCGCUCGACCCACGAGGCUUUCAUGACCACCUACAAUGGAACAGGUGCUCCGGCUGGUUGGAAUUGGUGCCUUUCUUACCUGGCGACAGCUGGUAUCUUGAUCGGAUUUGAUGCCUCGGGCCAUGUUGCCGAGGAAACUAAGAAUGCUUCUGUGACUGCGGCUCGUGGCAUCUUCUGGAGUACUGUUGCGAGCGGAUUUGGUGGUCUCGCUACCAUUAUUCUGUUCCUGUUCUGCGCUCCAACUGCAGACAACCUGAUGCAAUAUGGCUCCCCUCAGCCCUUUGUCCCACUCUACGCUGCUGUUCUGGGCAAAGGUGGUCACGUAUUCAUGAAUAUUAUCUGUAUUGUUGCUCUAUGGCUGAACACUGCCAUCGCUAUUAUUGCCGCAUCCCGUCUCGUCUUUGCGGUCGCCCGUGAUGGUGUCCUUCCCUUUUCCGGCUGGGUCUCUAAAGUGCACAAUGGCCAGCCUCGCAAUGCAGUCAUUGUCGUCUGGGGUGUUGCGGCUCUAAUCACCUGCACCAUUCUCCCGUCUAAUGUCGCUUUCACGUCUCUCGUCUCGGCCGCAGGUGUCCCCAGCGCCGCAGCUUAUGGCCUCAUCUGUUUGGGACGACUGCUAUGUACCUCGGAACGCUUCCCAACGCCCAAAUGGAGCCUAGGCCGGUGGAGCAAGCCAUUCCAGUUCAUUAGCGUCCUGUGGAAUGGAUGGGUUGUUGCCAUCCUCUUCUCGCCGUAUGAGUGGCCUGUCACUGGACAAACUCUCAAUUAUGCUCCCAUCAUCAUGGGUGGGGUGACUAUCCUCGCACUGAUCUCCUAUUUUGUUAUGCCUGAGAGCGCCUGGCUUCCGAGAGACCGAAUCACCCAUUUCAUCGAUAGUAAGGGCGCUACUGAAACCGUGCAGGAAAUUGGCACUUCGCAAGAAGUAGUGUCGGGUCCCCACCACAGUUGA